CUUUCAUGUAGUUCUUUGACAUUUAGAGGUUAGAAAGGGAGCGUUGAAGGGAGGAAAUAUUGGUCAUCUGAAGAGAUUAAAGAAAAAUGGCGAGCAGUUCGCUCCUUUCUACUGCUGCUAAGAGGUUGGAAGGAAAAGUAGCAAUAGUUACUGGUGGUGUUGGCGGCAUUGGAUCUACCAUUGCCAAGCUAUUCUGUCAACAUGGUGCCAAAGUCAUAAUUGCCGACACCAGAGAUGAUGAAAGCCAAUCUAUCUGCAACACUUUGUUUGUUCACUGUGAUGUCACAAGCGAAUCAGAUGUCCAAAAUGCGGUGAACAAAGCAGUCUCUACACAUGGAAGGCUUGAUAUAAUGGUGAACAAUGCAGGCAUCGCGGGAGCCAAGGUAUUGGACAUUCUUGAUUGCGAUGCGACUGAUUUUGUUAACGUGUUUCGUGUUAACACCCUUGGUGCAUUUCUGGGAACGAAACACGCUGCUCGUGUGAUGAAACCCGUGCAAAGGGGGAGCAUAAUAAACACAGCUAGUGUUGCUGGUAUUAUGGGGGGUUUACCACAUGCUUAUUCAUGCUCAAAACAUGCGAUUGUUGGCCUCACUAAGAACACUGCCCUCGACUUGGGGCGAUACGGUAUCCGAGUCAACUGUGUUUCCCCUUAUAUAAUUCCUACACAGAUGACAAGGAGCUAUUUUGGUUUGGCAGAGGAUGAUAAACUUGAUGUGCAUUCAAACCUUAAAGGUGUUGAAUUGAUGCCAGAAGAUGUUGCUGAGGCUGUUCUUUAUCUUGCAAGUGAUGAGUCCAAGUAUGUGAGUGGCCACAAUCUUGUUGUGGAUGCUGGCUUCUCCAUUUCUAAUUUAGCCUUAAAUCUUUUCAACCAAUAAGUUAUAUUCCAUAUGCAUUUAAGGUUAUCUGGUUUGUGGCAAAUCAUAUAAUAAUCAUGGGCAUUAUUCUAUUUUCUGCAUUUUAUUUGCUAUAAA